UUUGUCACUCGUUCAAUCAAAGAAGGCCUCGUCAAUUUAACUCUGAAAUUGGAGCCUUCAAGCAAUGGCUGUGCAAAACCGGACGAUACGGGCAUCGUGAGACGUAUACACAGUCGAAUGACGGUCAGCCAUUUGAAAAUGCUUGCUCGGCGAUUGUUCAAACUCCCGCCACGCGUGUCUUUCGACCUGGUCGCCCAGGGCGAACGCCAUCAAGCAAUCAAUGCGGAACUUCCUAUGGAUGCGGAAACACGCGAGGUUGGCUUUUAUAAUCUGGAAGAUGGUGAUGUGAUCUAUUUAAGAUUACGCUGA